AUGACCACUGGCUUCAUGGUCGUCCUUCGUUCGGAGGACCUCAUCCCGCUCAUCGCGAGCUUCUCCAACGGCGUAACUGAGGACGUGCGCGCGCUCCGCCAGGCCUGCCGCGGCUGCUCUGUGUUGGUCGGCCGCCCUCCGUACGACACCUUCGACGCCGUCUUCAAGCCGUGGUUUGCUCGACGGGGCACAUCCGAGCUUCGUCAACUGUGCCAAGUACACCUCUUUGUGUACGCCCUCGACGUCGAAGAGAUGGAAGUGCUUCGAUGGCUCGCAGCGGAGCACACGAUUACAGCUGGGCAAUACCACCAAGGGUGGCGACUCGUGUUCCCAACGACGUCCACGUACCGCUGCCCCGAUGUCAUCGCGCCCUUUUUUCGGACAGGGCCGCCAACGUCAUACAUGCAUCCCCACGUCGUGCUUGAAGCGGCGACCCGCAAUCACGUUGAGAUCCUUCGCAUGUCUUUGGGCCUCAACUGCGGCAUGCGCUACGUCUGGAAGCAAGCUUGCCGCCAUGGUUGCUUGAAUGUUGUCGAGUUUGCCGAGCGCGAGAAGAUUUUCGGCUGGUCGUCUCGCUACGUCAACGUGGCAGCGCUCAACGGUCACUUGGACUUGAUCGCGUUCUUCCACGCGCACGACUAUAACGGCUUCAACAAGGCGACGAUCCAAGCCGCGGUCCAGAGCGGCAACCUCGCGCUCGUGCGAUUUCUUUUGGAAAAUCGACUCGAAGUGACGCUCGAAGAUGCCAUGUGCCAAGCCGCUGCGAGCAACCAGCUUGAAAUUCUGCGCUGGCUCGUCACGCAGCCGAACGCGCCGUACUACAUGCACAAGGUCCUCGAGACCGCAUGCACCAACCUCCGCGACGACGUUCUCGCGUACCUUCAGCGUGAGCAAGGCUUGCAACCGACGCUGGCGCAAAUGACGCGCGUCUCGCGCCGUCGGAAACGCGACGAUGACUUGUAA